UAAAGAGGCUACCUUCUCCAAAUGUUACUGCUACAGGAUCAGAAGCAGACAGAGAAUUCUGCUCGCGACUCUACUCUGGUUUAAAACGUUGUUUUAUAAGCUAUUGGGACGAAUGAAGACCGAAGGAUUUAUACGGAUUCGGGCACAUAAUGUUGGGAUGGGGUUGCAAGACUUUGACUCACGGAAAGACUAGUGAAUAUUCAAACUUUCGUCCUGUGGAUGCGCUCAUUCUCUAUAUUGGAUUACUAUCGCAUCAGUCGAACUCAGAGAGUUUCUUUUUAACUUUAUUCUGUGCUCCGUUUUCUCACUUGGACUAUGGCCUCGGAUCCUAGAGUCCCCGGGGCCGGUGUUUUUGGAGAUUUACCCCCCAGUUAUACGCGGUCCCCGCCGGCUGUGAACUCAGAUCUCCUCCGAAGACCUAGUUACUGCCACGCCGCUUUUGCAUUAAAACAGAUUUCUAAGGGGAAGGCUGUGGGUCAGAAAGCACCGCUGUGGAUUCGGGCGAGAUUCCAGGCCCUCCUCUUUACUCUGGGCUGUCACAUCCAGCGACAUUGUGGAAAAGUCCUUUUCAUUGGACUGCUUGUGUUCGGUGCCUUUUCUGUGGGUUUGCGGGUCGCUGCCAUCGAAACAGACAUUGAGCAGCUAUGGGUGGAAGCUGGAAGCCGUGUGAGCCGCGAAUUACGCUACACAAAGGAGAAGCAAGGAGAGGAGUCCGUGUUUACCUCGCAGAUGCUGAUACAAACUCCCAAACAGGAAGGCACUAAUAUUCUUACCCAGGAUUCCCUGCUUCUUCACCUGGAGGCAGCGCUCUCUGCCAGCAAAGUCCAGGUCUCCCUGUAUGGAAAGUCAUGGGAUCUAAACAAAAUCUGCUUCAAGUCUGGAGUUCCAAUCAUUGAAAAUGUCAUGAUUGAAAGGAUGAUUGACAAGCUUUUCCCGUGUAUGAUUAUAACCCCUCUGGACUGCUUUUGGGAAGGCUCCAAGCUGCAAGGAGGCUCGGCUUACUUACCGGGGAUGCCGGACAUCCAGUGGAUGAACCUGGACCCUCUGAAGCUGAUGGAGGAGCUGAGCCAGUUCACGUCGCUGGAGGGCUUCAAGGAGAUGCUGGACAAGGCCCAGGUGGGCCACGCGUACAUGAACCGGCCCUGCCUUGACCCCAACGACCCCGACUGCCCGCACAGUGCCCCCAACAAGGAGCAGCGUCAGAGUCCCGACAUUGCCUCCGAACUGCAAGGCGGUUGCCAUGGAUUCUCCAAAAAGUUCAUGCACUGGCAGGAGGAACUGAUCCUGGGUGGCAGGACGAAGGAUACCCAGAAUGCCUUGCAGAGCGCUGAAGCUCUUCAGACCAUGUUCCUCCUGAUGAGCCCCAGGCAGCUCUAUGAGCAUUUCAAAGACGACUACGAGAUUCACGACAUCAACUGGAAUGAAGAUAAGGCCACGGCUAUCCUCGAAACAUGGCAGAGGAAGUUUGUCGAGGUGGCGCACCAGAGCGUUCCUCACAACUCCUCGUCCAGUGUGCACGCCUUCUCCACCACCACCCUCAACGACAUCAUGAAGUCUUUCUCGGACGUGAGCGUGAUCCGCGUGGCCGGCGGCUACCUGCUCAUGCUGGCGUAUGCCUGUGUGACCAUGCUACGCUGGGACUGUGCCAAGUCCCAGGGGGCCGUGGGGCUGGCAGGAGUGCUGCUGGUUGCUCUGUCCGUGGCGUCGGGGCUUGGCCUGUGCUCUCUGCUGGGUCUCUCCUUCAAUGCUGCCACAACACAGGUGCUUCCGUUUCUGGCCUUGGGGAUCGGAGUAGAUGACAUGUUCCUGCUGGCUCACUCCUUCACGGAGACCGCGUCCAACAUCCCCUUAAAGGAGCGGACCGGAGACUGCCUGCGCCGGACUGGCACCAGUGUUGCCUUGACCUCCAUCAACAACAUGAUCGCCUUCUUCAUGGCUGCCCUCGUGCCCAUCCCUGCCCUCCGAGCAUUUUCCCUGCAGGCUGCUAUUGUAGUGGUGUUCAACUUUGCCAUGGUCCUGCUUAUAUUUCCCGCUAUCCUGAGCCUGGACCUUCACCGGCGUGAAGAUAAACGGCUGGACAUUCUGUGCUGCUUCUACAGCCCCUGCGCCUCGCGGGUCAUUCAGCUCCAGCCACAGGAAUACUCUACUGACAGCCACCCGCGCUCUCCCCCCACCCCCACCUACACCGGCUCCACCAUCACCACCAGCACCCACAUCACCACCACCGUGCAGGCCUUCACCCAGUGCGACGCCGCCGGUCAGCACAUCGUCACCAUCCUCCCGCCCACCUCCCAGAUCUCCACCGGCCCCGCCUCGGUCAUCGUCACCCCCUCGCCAACCACCAUGCCGGCCCCUGCCCCAGCCCCAGCCCCUUCCCCUACCUCCGACCCCUACGGCUCCCAACUCUUCUCCCCUUCCAGCUCCACCAGGGACCUGCUGGCCCAGGUGGAGGACCCGAAGGAGGGCCGCGACUGCGCGCCUCUCCCUUUCUUCCGCUGGAACCUGUCCAGCUUCGCUCAGGAGAAGUACGCCCCGCUGCUGCUGAAGCCCGAGACCAAGACGGUGGUGAUCGUGAUGUUCGUGGCCCUGCUGGGCCUCAGCCUCUACGGCACCACCAUGGUGCAUGACGGACUAUACCUGACCGACAUCGUGCCCCGGGACACUAAGGAAUACGACUUCAUCGCGGCGCAGUUCAAGUACUUCUCGUUUUACAACAUGUACCUGGUCACCAUGGACGGCUUUGACUACGCCCGCUCUCAGCGGGAGCUGCUGCAGAUCCACAACGCGUUCAACUCGGUGAAAUACGUGGUGCGGGACAGCGACCAGAAACUGCCGCGCAUGUGGCUCCACUACUUCCUGGAUUGGCUGAGAGGACUCCAGGCCACAUUUGACGCAGACUGGGAGGCUGGCAGGAUCACUCAUGACAGCUACCGCAAUGGAACCGAGGACGGAGCUCUGGCCUACAAGCUCCUCAUCCAGACCGGCUCCAAGAAGGAACCUUUCAACUACAGCCAGUUGACAUCCAGACGUCUGGUGGACGAUGAAGGUCAGAUCCCACCAGAGGUCUUCUACAUCUACCUCACCGUGUGGGUCAGUAACGACCCGCUGGGCUACGCUGCAUCGCAGGCAAACUUCUACCCCCACCCUCGCGAGUGGAUCCAUGACAAGUAUGACACCACCGGCGAGAACCUGCGCAUUCCCGCUGCUGAGCCUCUGGAGUUUGCACAGUUCCCUUUCUACCUGAACGGCCUGAGGCAGGCGUCCGACUUCGUGGAGGCUAUUGAGAGUGUGCGUGCCAUUUGCGAGGAGUUCAACCGCAAGGGCAUCCGCAACUACCCCAAUGGCUACCCCUUCCUGUUCUGGGAGCAGUACAUCGGCCUGCGCCACUGGUUCUUGCUGGCCAUCAGCGUAGUGCUGGCCUGCACCUUCCUGGUGUGUGCCAUCCUCCUGCUCAACCCCUGGACCGCCGGCGUGAUUGUCUUCAUCUUGGCUAUGAUGACCGUGGAACUCUUUGGCAUCAUGGGCCUGAUUGGCAUCAAGCUCAGUGCCAUCCCCGUGGUCAUCCUCAUCGCCUCCGUUGGCAUAGGAGUGGAGUUUACCGUUCACAUCGCCCUGGGGUUCCUCACGGCCAUCGGAGACAGGAACUCGCGCACGGCCAUGGCCCUGGAGCACAUGUUUGCCCCCGUGAUGGACGGCGCCAUCUCCACUCUGCUGGGGGUGCUCAUGCUAGCCGGCUCCGAGUUCGACUUCAUCAUGAGAUACUUCUUUGCUGUGCUGGCAAUCCUGACACUGCUGGGCGUCCUGAACGGCUUGGUGCUGCUGCCCGUGCUGCUCUCCCUCAUCGGCCCGCCUGCUGAGGUCACUCCUGCCGACAACGCCAGCCACAUGCCUCCCCCCUCGCCGGAGCCCCUGCCUCCACCCAUGACUCACCACGGCUACUACGCCGGGCACCAGACCAGCAGGGGCGGCGUGCGUCAGCAGGCGUUCUCCUCGGAGUCCUCCGACUCGGAGUAUUACUCGGAGACGACCACCUCCACGUCGGGUAUCGGCGAGGAGGAGUACAAGUACUGCGACCGGAGCUCCUACAUUACGCCUCCACCAGCCACUUCGCACAUACUGCUGGAGGCCAGCAAGAACCCCAGCUUCCCCAAGCUCACAGUGGUGAAGCCUUACAGUGAAAGCCCAGCCACCCUGAAGGGUCCGAUGAGCGAGGCUACCCAGAACGCGGUGAACUCAGUCAGCUCGCAGAUCACCCCGUGGGACGGCAAACAGGAGUACCAGGGACCCAGGAGGCAGCAUUUGCCCAGUAGCAGGGCCUACUGCCCUGGGAGGACUAAUCACUCUACUGCCCCCGGCUCCCAGCCUUGCAGAGGGCCGCAUCAAAACAGGACUAAGGCCCCAGGCCAGAGUGCGGGAGGAGUACUACAGCGGCCCAGCAACACUGUUACCAUGGUGACUGCCACCGCUUCUGUGACAGUAGCCGUGCACCCCAGUUUGCCGGGGUCAUACCAGGGUUACAUGCACGAGGGCUUUGAGGACAGUGAGCUGGACUCUUUUGAAGAGAUGAAAAGGACUUCGCAGUCAUUUGGGAAAGCCACACAAUCGUUCAAGACUGAGUCUUUGGAACUCCAAGACCUGGAAUCUGUAGAAAAGAACCAGAAUGAAGCUAACAAGGCUCUCUAGGCGAUUAGGCAUUUUCCAAGAACAACAAAAACAUGAAUGAAUGAAAGUUACUCACUUAGAUCCACCUGAAACGGACAGCACCAGUCCUGCGGUAUUGUCUUCCAUCCUCUUGUGCUACAGGUGGUCUUUGGAUUCAAGCAGCCAAAGAUUGCUAGACACUGCCCAACCCCCCACCCCUAACUUUUUGUCUGGAAUCUGUUUCUGGCUGUCUUUGGGAAGUCCCCACAUCCACAGACUUUCACUUUGAUCUGUACAUAGACCUUACACACAGACAAGAGGAUUUAUUUUAAAAGAUUUUAAAAGGUCUUGUUUAAAUAUAUGAAUAUAUAAAUUUAUAAAUAUAUAUUUUAAUACUAAAAAAGAGGGAAAACUUAUUUAAAAGAGUACUGUAUAACUUGUGUAUUCUCUUGUAUAAAAGUCAGAUGUAUAAGAGGCUGUGGGGGUUAUGUUCCCCAGUGUAUAGAUAAAAUUGUGCUAUAUGUAAAAAAGAGUGAAAUGGUAAAUAUUAGGUUAUUGAAAAUUAAAGGUCAGUGUUCAUUUUGCUGCUACACUUCAAGUUUGAAAUGGUUUGCCUUGAAAAUAUGCAGUACCCUUUUCCCCCAAAUUGUAAAUGGAAAAAGCAAAAAAAACACAUUUUACACUGCAGCCAAUAGCAGGCUUUUCUUUUAUUAUUCAAAGGUGAUGCCUUGUCUUUGAUUGCACUGCACAAACACAAACAGAAAUACCAGGAGACUGUUCUCAAUCCCAUGCGCUUCUGUCAUACCUUUCCAUGUGUCAAAUAGCAUGGGAUCAUGUAGUUUUUUUGUUCUUUUGAUUUUGGUGUUAAUCUCUUUCACAACUUUGCAUCUUUUUUAACAGUAGCUGCCAUUGUGCCUUUCUUCUCUCAUUAACUGUGCGUUCAAUGUUCAUGUUGUAUAUGUCAAUAUCUGGGGUGAGCCAUAUGUUCCCCUCAGGUCACUAUCCGAGAAACCAUCCUCAGUCUGUCAUUGCUUGUGGCCCCAUGUCAUUUAAGGGAGAUUUGUUGUUACUGUUGUUCGUUCACAAGUUACAUUUGUCUAGAUGGUAAGAAUGAGUGAGAGUCUGAAUCACCAGCUGAAUCGUGCAUGGUUCACCAAGAGUGCCCAUGCAUGUAGCACAUUUUGUUUAAUCUUUUACCUGGGCUCACUUAAAAACCAUCAUCACGUUGGCUGGGGGUCUGUUUAUGAGGGGCGGUGUGGCAUACAGUAGGGGGGAUGCUCUUGCAGAGGCUCCCCCACUGUGACACUGCCUUCAUCUGCCUUUCCAACUGCUACACUAUCACCUCAUCUCUGUCAUUUUGCAGUUGUUCUGUUGUACUACUUGAAGGAGUUUCAAAAUAAGCCUAUUGGAUUUUUCUCUCUUUUGUUUUUUUGUUUUGUUUUGUCAAAUUGGGUGCGCUGAAAUUCUGUCAUUCUGUCUCCCAUGUUGCUGGGAGACUCGGGCAGAGGCAAUAUGUGGCAGAUUUUCCUUUCUCCACCCAAUGGCCUUCUUCAAAAGGGAAUCUACAUGCAAAGGGAGGUUUUUUUCUUCUUCUAUUGUGUUGUUUUACUCUUGGUGGGGUUUCAGUACAGUAUACACCACAGAGUCCAUAUGCAAUCAUUGUGAACUAGCUGGUGUCUUUGGGUCUGUGGGGAGAGGCAGGUGAGGUGACGAGGGUUUGCCGUGGCAACGGGCUUUGCCCUCCUCUGGUGCUCCACGUAAUGGCCGCUACAUCACGCGACUCAAGACAAGUGUGUCUGUGAGGGCUUUACUGUUACAGUAGUAUAUGUAUAUCCACGCUCAGUGCAGACUUUCCUGAGACGGGCAAGACAAACUUCACACAUUUCAGUAUUGGUCACAUCACUGCCAGUUAAAUGAACAAAGCAGGGACAUACUAUUAGGUUUAAGUGGCAGCUUAUUUUUUCACGAGACAAGAAACUUUAAGUAGCUACUGAAUCUGGUGAGCUUAACAGUCAAAAAUCAUCCUACAUUCACAGCUUAACUACAGGAGUUUGUAAAUUAUAGGAAUGAAAAGGGCAGGGGGUGAGGGUCCUGCAUAGGGUUGUAGUUGUAUUUGAAUUGUAUGUCAUGCCAUAUAAAUUAUUUAAAUUAAAUUUUUAUUUUUGUAGUUUGUACAGAAGCUAGUCAUUUAGACUGAAGUUCUAUUUUUAAAGAGUAAAUAUAUUAUAAAUAUAAAUCUAUCUAUAUAAAUAUAUAUAAAUAUAUAAUUAUAUCUAUUUGUUGCUGAGGUGUUUGUUUUGUUUUUUGUUUUUUGUUUUGUUUUUGUUUUUUUGAGGCCAAGGGAAGGAGUCCACAGUUGGUGGUAGUGGGGUGCUCUGUGGUGCCCCUGUUUUACUUAUUUGUGAGAGAGCAGCGCACUUGGAAUAUGAAGGAGAGGUGUGGCUGAUGCUGUCCACCUUUGUGUAGAAUCCUGGCCUUUCCUUCUUCAUGAAAAGUUGAUGAUUUGUUUCUCUAUUUUUUGUCAAUGUCUAAAACACUGUGACUUCAGAAAAAAAAAUAUGUUCAACAAAACAACAACAGAACUCUUGUGUGACCAUCAUUGUCCUUCACCCUUUAUAGAAAUUUAACUAACAAAAUACAUUAAAGAAAAAAAAAACUAAGGAAAAAAAAAACCCUCUCG